UGUGUCGUGUGGGGUGGAGAAUUUGGUAGCACAGGUUAUUCAGAGGGAGGAAAGCUCGGGUGGAGUCUCCGUGCAUUGCGUCCCAUGUUAGGAGUCGUUCUUUCCGCAUGGAGGAGGCUUGCCCGGGUUGGGCUUUGACGGUGGUGAGUUCUUAGCUAACAGUGAUUGUUCAUUGAUUGCGUCGCUACAGAAUGGCAGAGCGGCAGAACCCAGUCAGGCCACAGGGCAGAGGUGCUAGGGACGUACCACAGCGUGACGGACAACCCGGGCAGGCCCAGGUGCAGGACGUGGGGCAGGUGGACCAGGAACGCCAGCCAGCCGGCGGGGAGCAAGGCCAGGACGCCGUGCAACAGGAGAAUCCACCACCUCCCCCAGAGAAUCCAGAACAACAAGAGCAGGAACAAGUACAGGAAGGACAUCCAGUUCGCGCAGGGGCGCAGGCAAGGCAGGAGCCGGCGGCAGGAGCCCAGCCGCAGGCCAAUCAGCAGGGGUUGGCAGACCUGCGCACAGAGUUCGCCGCCUUAAGGCAGGAGAUCAACCGACUUCGCGGAACGUCAGUGGAUGGGAUCAAGGACGAGCUUAUCCAACACGCCAGUCGGCCUAAAGCAGCCUUUGACGCAAAGAAGGCAAUGGGUCUAAUGGAAACGCUUUCUCGGCAGGCCACACAGUCCAACCACCCGAAGGCCGAAGAGUAUAAAGCUAUUCUACAGCAGCUCAGGCCUCUGGAAGAGAAAGAAUAUUUUAAGGACAUCAUCCUUGAUUUGUUUGGUUCUCAAGUGGUGAAACAAGUCAAUAAGUCCAUAGCAGGUUUUGUUAAAAGUCAUGCAGCUAUCCACCACGCAGAGAAGGGAGCUAGCGGUUCCGGUCAGACCUUGCAAACUAUUCGUCAGACUGGGAAUAGGUACACCCCUUAUAGAUACAGGUCGGCAGGCAGGGGUAGGGGGCCGCGGCCGGAAGACAAGUGUAACAACUGUAACGAAAAGGGUCAUUGGGAUAGAGAUUGUCCACUACCACAUAAAGACAAAAAGUAGUAAACAUUUGUGAGGAUGUUAUUUAUUUAAAUGCCUUGAAGGUGGCCAGGGAGAGAAAGAGACUGAUUUAACUAUGUAAUGACGUAACAAAUCUGUGGGCAAGUAUAACAAUGUAGCCCAAAUUGUAACAGUGCUGUCUUUUCAGAAAUGCUUGUAAAUGCACUGUAUUUUGGUUAGAUUUGGUGCGACCUGUGACUGGAAUUGUCUCUGAGAUGUAAACAGUACUGUGUAUUCAGAAAUGCCUGCAAUUGUAGUGUAUUAUGGUUAGAUUUGGUGCGACUUGGACUGGAACUGCAUUUGACAUGUCAACAGUACUGUGUAUUCAGAAAGGCCGACAAUUGUAGUGUAUUAUGGUUAGAUUUGGUGCGACUUGGACUGGAACUGCAUUUGAGAUGUCAACAGUACUGUGUAUUCGGAAAGGCCGGCAAUUGUAGUGUAUUAUGGUUAGAUUUGGUGCGACUCGCAUUACAAUUGACUGAGAUGUCAACAGUGCUGUGUAUUCAGAAAGGCCUGCAAUUGUAGUGUAUUAUGGUUAGAUUUGGUGCGACUCGCAUUACAAUUGACUGAGAUGUCAACAGUACUGUGUAUUCAGAAAGGCCUGCAAUUGUAGUGUAUUAUGGUUAGAUUUGGUGCGACUCGCAUUACAAUUGACUAAGAUGUCAACAGUACUGUGUAUUCAGAAAGGCCUGCAAAUGUAUUGUAUUAUGGUUAGAUUUGGUGUAACUUGGACUGGAAUUGACUGAGAUGUAAACAGUGCUGUGUAUUCAGAAAUGCCUGCAAUUGUAGUGUAUUAUGGUUAGAUUUGGUGCGACUUGGACUGGAAUUGACUCUGAGAUUAAACGUCAUG